UUAGGAUAAAAUAGACAAUAGGCCCGAAAGGGAGUCCAUUAACCCGGCAAGAAAAAAGCCAACUCAUACAGAGGGACAAACACUCACACACCACGACGCAGUUCCUCCGCUGACUGUGACGGAGGCUGCCAAGUGCAAACCGGAACAACCUUCGCAAAUCUCAACUAACGCCACACCAACACUUCACUUUCAAAUCUUCAAAACGACAUCGUAUAUAGUUUGAUUUAACUUAACGCGGUUCUAGGGCUUCUCAUGGAGACGCAACCACACGAUAAUUUGCAGCACGCACCGGUUUCUUCCAGUGACGCCGAUAUUCUACCCAACGAUGCGGUGGCUGAUUUUUCAAAUCACAGAGAAACUGAAGAAAAAAGCCAUGUUUCAAGGGAUGAAGUUAUUCGGGUUCUACAAGCUAUUGCAUCCUCCGGGAGGUUCUGGCAUGACUGGGAUAAUCUCAAGAGUAUGCUAUCAUUUCAGCUGAAGCAGGUAUUGUCUGAGUACCCUGAGGCAAAAAUGACAAGUGAGCAGCAAUAUGCUUCACUAAGAGAAUCCUACGCUGAUUUGGUCCACAAAUUGGAUGAUGCACUUACAUGUUUUAUUGAUGGCCCACCAUUUACGUUGCAAAGGGUUUGUGAGAUUCUAUUGGACGCAAAAAACAUUUAUCCAAAUCUUUCCAAGCUGGCUUUAGCUCUUGAAAAGAAUUUGUUAGUUACAUCUACAUUGACAAUCUGCACUGAUCCAUAUCCUCAAGAAUCAGUACAAGAGACUAAUGCCAUAGAGAAGCCAAGUGAAAAGCAGCAGGAGCAGCAAUCUGAUGACGCGCAAAAUGGUAUUGAGCCUUUGGUAACAGACAAUGACGAAGUAAUGGUUGACGCUGAUGCAGGUGAUGAUGUGACCAUUGAAAUGGAAACUUUUGAAGAUGCUAAAUCAUCAGAAAAUGAUCCUGAGCCAAAUGUUAAUAAUGCACAAGUCUCGUGAUUACUAUCCAUUUUUAAAUCCAUAAACUGUUAAUUAAGUAUAGACUCGGAUGUUUUCUCGCAAUGAACUCCAAAUGCUGAGAGAAACAGGUAUGAGGAGGGGUGAGGCCAUUGUGUUAUUUAAGCUCUGCUCUUGUGAUAGUUAGAGCUUAGAAUUUCAUAGCACUUAAAAUCAGAACAAAGUCCUUAUUUAGUAUCCAUUGGUUGUUAUGCUUGUAUUGGUAGCAUGAGCUUGAAUAUCUUGGUUGUUAUGCUUGUAUUGGUAGCAUGAGCUUGAAUAUCUCACUGUAACGUGCUUUUAAUUUGUACUCUGAAGUUAAAUUAUAAAAAAAUUCUGAUAUAACA